AGUAUUUUUCCGAUCAGAGGCGUGGCGACGGCGACGGAGGCUCCUCUUCUCCCUUUCUCUUCGGCUCCAUCGGUGGUGAAAAUGUCCAUCUCCAACGGCCUCCACCCCCACCGAGAUGACGCCACCGACGACGAAGACGACGGCGACUACGGAUCUGCCGCCCACGACGCCUACUACCACCCGAUCUCCGCCUUCGAUGACGGCUUCGAUCCCAACUCUGACUCCGACGUCGCCUCCGGAGGGAUCGUUGAAGCCGCCUCCCCGAUCCGACCCAACGGCGGCGCCUUGUUCCACCUUCGAAACCCUGACCCUAGUUUCCUCUUUCUCGACGCCGAGAGUGGCAUAUCGGCUCUGGAUCUGAACGGAGGUGGCGAUGGCGUUGUCGCUUCUAGCGGAGGCUUGGUGGAAGAGGUGGAGGAUGAAGAAGCCGAGGAGGAGAGCGUGAGGCAGCGGGAAGUGUCGAUCUCGAGGGCGUUCAGGGAGGACGAGAGGCGAAGGUCCGCACCGUUGACGCCGGAGAACGCCGCGAGGGUCCUCGAUGCGAUGAGGGGAGUCGCGUUCCAAGGUGUCCCUCCGGAUUGGGCGGAACGAGUGCCCGAAGACCAGUGGGUGGCUCGGCUUAGGCGUAUGAGAGGGCAUGGGUCUAAAGGGAGUAGUGGACUAUAGACAUGGACCUCGAGGAAGUCAUGAUCGAUGAAGAUUCACGUUGGGUGAUACAAUGGAAAUAAUUAUAUAAACGGUGUUCCUAAGCCAUAUGGAAAGUGAGAAAUCCUUUUGGGCUAACGCAUAUUGGAGUCUGUACCAGUCGUUGAAUCGGUCGAAGGUAUUCUAUAGUCCUAUGAUUUAUGGAAGUUUCUCUGUAAUAUAUCUGUAAUCCGACGAUAAACUUAGUGACAAGAUAUCAUGAUCUACACCGAUCUAAAAGGUGAACCUUCUGAGUUUGGUGGUUCCACUGCUUCGGUAUCAUGGUAGCAACUGACACACCAUCAAAAGUGGCACGGCAAAACAAGAAGAUGCUGGAGAUCCUGUAAGGCUCUGAAAACAAUUGGUUUGCCAUUUCCAAAUGAUUAAUCUGCAUGUUGGACAUGAUGAUGGAUCCUUUAGGAUUAACCAUGAGCUUAAAUACCUGCAUUCACUCUAUUUACACCAUCUCUUGUCCAAGUAAUGCAGCCUUGUGCAUGUUGUGAAACGGAGUUCAUUCCUUUCAUCCUGUUGGAGCUUUUGGUAUUUGAAGCUCUCCUUACAGUCACAGAAGUAAAUAGAUGCUUUUAAUUUGAUAUUUUGAACUUUGUUUUGAUUCAUUGAUGCCAAAGUAGAAGAAUUCUUAGUUCUUGA